GUCACGAGUAAAAGUCUCUCAAUGAAUCAACGGCCGCGGCGAAGCUGAAGAUGUCGCCUACGAAGGGAGGCUGCUAAGCAUUUGCUUCGAUUUUGGCUCGUCGCAACAAUCUUCCACCUCGGGAGUAGCGGAGACGAUUGUUUCUGCCGAUGCAUCGUUGUGGGGGUGGUGGAUUUCAGAUCUAGGCAUCCUUUUUGAAUCGUGGUGGAGGUUUGUGUGCGAGGAGCGUCGUCGUUGUUAAUAUUAAAGUUGUAGAGGCAGAGUUCGUGCUAGGAAGUAGGAGUCCCAGGAAGCAGUGGAGAGUACUGGAUCCAUGACUUUCGAUGCACCUGAGAAUCUCCAAUGAGCCUGAGGAGUUUCAAAUUUGGGCGCGCGCGUGUGUACCCGAAGUUUCCUUCCAUUUGACAGGAUUUGGAAGAUGGUCAAGUGGAGCUUUGUUGCUUUGUGGAUUGCAAAAGCAUCAGGGAGUUCUUGAGGUGACCCGAGAUCCUUGACAUAACUAUCUGCUUUCUGAUCCAAGUCGACAAGAUGGAUUUGACCCCCAUUCGACACGCAAUUGAUCAAGUAGUUUUUCUGCGCAAUUCCUAUUUCCUAAAACUGAGACAAGGUGUGAUCGAAAGAGCACUAGAGGAGGCGAAUGCAGCUGCAGGAUGGCUUGCAAUGUUGAAUGAGGAUGACUUCUCUGAAUUUGGCAAAGAAUUAUUCCAAAACCUUGGACGAAAAUUGACUGAAGUUGGUCUAACAAGCCAGUAUGUCGAAGAAAUUCAUAAGACAAGUCGAAGACGUAUCGACAUACCCCUGAAGCGAUGGAACGAAUCACUGAACAAUGUCUUCGCACGGGACAUUAUGAAGGCGUACGUAAAUGUUGAAUUCGAUAGCAACUUGAUCAAUCAGCUCAUAUGCGAUCAUUUCUAUCGAGCGGAGGAUCUCGGUUUUUGCGAUGUCUUCGUGAUGGAGGCUCAAAUAGAAUUGGGUGUUGCUGCAGCGUUGCACGCUCCCGUGUCCGACAUGUGGCAGUAUUUGAAGCAACUUCGUGAGAUGAAUGUAGACCCUGCAUUGGAUUGGUGUGAUGCGAAUCGACUCAAAUUGGAUGCCAGGGCAUCUUCAUUGGAGUUUGAAUUGCGUGAACUAAAGUUUCAUCAUCUUCAUAAGACCAAAGGGCUUAACGUGGCUGUUGAAUAUGGGAAAUCCUUCGUUUCUUCUUAUAUUGCCGAGCACGAUUAUGUGAAAUCCAAAUUUCCUAAUUAUGGCAAUCAGCACAUACAGAGGACUAACGUAAAUAGAAUGAUGGCUAGUCUCCUCUGGAAUAAACGAGGUGGAAAUUCUCCUUACAAAACCUAUUUCGAUAUGCACCAGCAGCUACAAUCUACCUGCGAAAAAUUCAAGAGGGAGUACCUUUUAAAUCAUCGAUUUCAAAGUGCUUUACACGCCGUUGUUUCAGCUGGCUCCAUGGCACUUCUCGUUCUGCUGGGCAUAUCCUCCAAGGAGUGGGAGCUAGAUGAUGCAUACAACUUUCACUCCAUAUAUGUCUGCUGUGUGCAUUUAGAUCAAAGUACUGUAGAGAGUCCUCCAGUACUGCAGCAAUCAUGCGGCCAUACUAUGUGCCUAGAUUGUUUUCAAAGGAUGCCUAAGAAUUCGCUUUAUGUUCCAAGAGUGAAUACAGAGUUAGGAGUUAACAUCCGGAUCACAUUGUGUACAUUAAUUUGUCCAUUCUGUCGAAGCUUGACAGGAGUGGUAGAAUGCAAGAAAAUCUAUAUGUGAUGCUGAAAUGAUGGACAGUAUUGUGAUGAGCUGCUGCAAUGCAUUGGAAUUCAGUUUAGAAGGUUGGUUGUAGGAAUCAGAGAGCCGAUCUUAAUUCGAAGUUUUCUUGUGGGUAGGUUCUCUCAAUUAUUCAUGAAGUUUACAUGAGGCACAUACCUCAUUCAUUAGUAAGCUUAAGCAUGCUAUUCAAAAGUGAUGUACAGAGGCAAUUGCUGCAGACAAUUACUUCAAUCAAUUGCUUCAGAAUGUAGUUAUCUCAUUUUUACUCUGCCAGAUUUAUCAUAAAGUU